CAGUGGAAGUCUUCAUGCAAAUAUUCACUGAUCUUUACAUGAAUAAUGACGUUGCCUGAAGAAUCAACUUCAUAUUGCCUUGUUAUACAUGACCGUGUAGUAUAGUACGAACCAAUCAUUGGGAUUAUUAAUAAGUUAUAAGAAGUGGAGAGGGAAACAAAGUGGUGUGGAGGAUGAAGUGGAGACGUAUGUAAGACAAAUUUCUGAAGCAGAUACUCAUUUCUAUUCUAAAAUGGAGUUCAUAGUAGACGUUCAAGGUUUUAAAAAACCCUGCAAUGAGUUUAUUUUCAAAGAGUUGGCUAUAGUGCCUCUGGAGUCAGAUGCUCAACCAAGAGUUUACCUUUUUGAACCACCUUGUGCUUGGAAUUCACUACCAGGACGUUAUAAAAGUAAGAACCUGUGGUUGACGAAUAAUUAUCAUUUAAUACCUUGGAUGGCUGGAGAUGUGUGCUACGAUGAAGUUCGAACCAUUUUACAAGAUGCUUUACGAGGAGCAAAAACUAUCUACGUUAAAGGUUGUGAAAAAAAGCAGUGGUUAGAAAAGUAUUUAAUGAUUGUACACAAUUUAGAAAAAAUUGACUGUCCAGCGUUUAAGAAUAUUAAAACUGAAUUAUUACCACUUAUAUGUACACAUCAUAUUGCACAAACUGAAAAUUGUGCAGUAAACAAUGUAUUUAAGCUUCGAAAUUGGUUUUUGAAUGUUACAAGUGAAUUGAGAAACUUUUCAUAUGGUAUCGAUGAAGUGGAUGAUGUGAAUACUAAUUUAAAAUCAUAUUGUGAAAAUUAUGAAACACUAUUGUAA